GACCAACCGUCAUAAGGCUACAGACACUGCCAUCCAUGUCCUGCCUCUAAAACAAGAAAAAUUUACUGUUUUUUAGCCUUUUAACGCACACAUCAAGAGCAGAUUUGCUGCUGGCUUUUUUUCAAUUUUUACUAUAUUUUUCUAGAGAUAUACAGAUCUUUUUUUUUUUUUUUAAACCAGAAGGAGAUUAAAAAAUGUCUUCCCGGGCGCAGGAGAGGAGCUCUGGCGUUCAGCUGGGGAGCGCGCUGCUGCCGCUGCUGCUGCUCUCCGGUUGUUCAUGCAUGGAUGUGCUUGUAGCCAAUAACAUUAAUGCACUAAAUGGAACAACUGUCAAAAUCACCUGCACAUUCACUUCCUGCUACAAGAUGGACGCCACCAAGUUUGUCAUGAAUUGGACCUAUCAAGAAUCAUUCAACGAUACAGAGGAGAUGUUUAUGGCAUACUAUAGGAAAAAAGGAAUGGUGGCUCUGCGUUCAGAUCGGUUUGGAGAGAGGGUCAUGUUUGCUGGGAACCUGGAUAAGAACGAUCUUUCAAUCACCCUGUCGGAUGUUCAGUUGGAGGAUGAGGGGAUUUACAACUGCUACGUGAGAAACCCUCCAGACCGCAUCCAGGGACACGGAAUCAUACAGCUCCAUGUUGUCACAGAACUUCCCCCUCCAAGAGACUCCACCAUUGCAGUUGCGAUUGGAGCAUCAGUGGGCGGAGCAUUAGCUCUGCUGAUCCUGUCAAUGGUAGUGGUGAAAUGUCUCCGUCGACAUCGGAAACAGGAACUGAUUUCAGAGGAAAAAAUGGAGGAGGAGGGGAAACUGGAGGCAGAAGGUGUAGCGGAGGAGGGGACCAAACAACCAUAGUGGAUCAUAUGACUGAAUCUGUGAUGCUCCUACCCCCAACAUCUCAUCUUACAUGCGCACCCCUUCCUGAAGAUCUAUAGUGACCACUGCUUGAACCAUUGUCCACUGAAACUUCCAUCCCCUCUGCAUGUGUGCCUGAGUGUGUGUGCGUGCACGCGUGUGUGUGCUAAAUGUGUGCUGAAUGUGUCUAUGUGUGUGUGCGAAUUUCUAAAUGUAAGAUGUGUCUUUUUCCUUGAAGUAAUCCAGGGACUUAACCACUAAACACUCAUUACUUCAUUCAUAGCCUCCAGUCAAUGUCAAUAGCAUUAGACGUCUUUCUUAUAAUACAGACUGCCGUUUCAUAGCACACUAUACGACAGGCUAGGGCUGGGCGGUAUGACCUAAAAAUUUAUACCACGGUAUAUUUUGAAUAUGAGACUUUUAACAAAAACACAACAUUACUAGUGUGUCAUUUUUGCUCUUACACUUUGAAUAAAUGUGACUUUAAAUUUUGUCCAAAGCCUUGGAAGAAAACAUACAAAUCGCCUGCAGCAAACUAUUAAUAAACUUGUCGUGCUUGAUGGAAGUUAAAACUAUCUUAACUAUCACACUGCAAGGCAGAUGUGUGUGUAUCAGUUAUAUAGCAGGACACUGUGCUGUUAGUUCCACUGUCUCAUAUGUCCAAUGUUACUUUUGUAUUUUUUUGGUUAACAUGUUCAGGUUUACCAUAUUGUUAGCAUUUUGCAACAUUGCCUUAAAACCAUGUCUUUAAACUGCCCAUACCGGCACCAUGUCUUAACAUAGAUGCAUGUAGUACAAGUGUAAUGUCCUUCCACAGCUGGAUUUUCUUAUCAUAAGGACAACAACUAGUCAGUGACUCAACCAAACGAUGUUUACAUGUGCCGAUGAUGUCUACUUGUGUCUGAGCCGAAGAGCAUUCUUAAACAUUCCUUACAACUGUGGAGUUUUGACAAAACAGUUGCCCUGAGUGCUCUACAGAUAUUGUAAUUUUAUUCACUUCGUUUGACCUUUUCCAUAGCAGACAUUUUGGUCUGUCUCAGUGGGGAAAAGCACAUGUGCUGCCGAUCACAUUAAAUGAUGGCUCCGUUCUAUUGAAGUGUCCCAGUAGUCCGGGCAGUAGCUCUGUCAAAGAUCACUCCCUAUUUCCUAUAUAGUGCACUAUAUUUACAUUUGGCUUGAGUGUCUUCAUUUUUUAUGUGUAAAGUUUGUGCACUUGAUAGCCAAUCAAUCAAUCAAUCAAUCAAUCAAUCAAUCAAUCAAUCAGGUGGUUCUUUAACAUGUUAUUUCAAGUCAAUUCCAGAGAGAAGGGGCAUAGGAAAAAAAUGAAGUCUGAAAUCAACUGAGUUCAAGGUCUUGUAUAGUCAAAGAAGAACCUUCAAGUCAGCUCUGGGCUAGAGAGGGUGUUUAAUUAUCAUUUUUGUGGUUUUUGUCAGGACUCCAGCUGAAGCAUUCUGAACGUGUUCAAGACUUGUAGUAGCACAACUAGGAAGAGCAGAGGAAAGGGCACUAUAGUGAUCAAGUCUGAAAGAUACAAAUGCCUGAAUUUCUGUGCACUCACAAUUCUUCCAACUGAAAAAAAUUGCACUAGCAUUGUAAGAUACUAGUAAGCAGCUUGGACAUGAAAAUUACUACAAUGUGUUACCUGUACCUAGACAGACAGACAGACAGACAGACAGAGCCAUGAUUAAUGUUAUUUACAGUUGUGCUUUAUCUACUGUGACAUAUCAAAAUAUCUUCUGUGAAAAAGGCAACCAAAGCACCACAUUUGUAUUAUUUUGACCUGUAUCUGUCCUCUUAUCUGUCUUAUUUCUCCAUCCAUUUUUCUUUGUAAGCUGCUUUGUUAUUGUUUUUUGGUAUAAAAGGAAAGAGAUACACUUAAGUUUUUCUUGGCCUGUCAGUGGCAUAAAUUGAAGACUGCACUGAUUAACAGUAUUAGUUGCUUUUCAGAGCACUUUACGUGUUUUACUUUGUAUACUGUUAUCAACAGCAUAGCCAAAUUUUUAUAUUCCUACUGCAUGUCAUACCGUCCACCCCUGUGAUAGACACUUGUCCAUCAAGCCUGGCACUGUAUAAAGGAAAGACAUGUUAGAGUGCCUGAACAGAGUUCAGUUGCAGUUAUUCAUGGGAUUAACAUGAGUUUUAGUAUUGGAGUGUGCAAUACUUGAUAUCUGUGACUGCAUAUCAGUGUACAGUCAUUUACACAUAACAUAUGUUCAUAGGAAUAUUUGUCAGUGACAGUGUGCAGUUUUUCUCUUAGAAUUUGUCCAUAUAAUACAAAAAAACACAUAUUUUGUUGAAGUCGAAAACAUAUCAAAGACAAUUUAAAACGAAAAACUAACAUUGCACCCACAAUCAUAUAAUUAUGUUCAUGCUAGCCUUUGUUAAUAUUUAUGGUAGAAUUUAAUAAAGGUUGUCAAAACAGAGACCAACAGUUAUAAACUAAUUAAAGCCAUUAACCAUAUCACACGCUGAUUAAGUGCUGAGUCCCAGCAGACAGCGAUUUAGGAACUAAUACCAAAUGAUCCACAUUAAAAUAGAAGAUGUUUACAAUAACCACUGACUGCAAACUUUGGUUUAUCAAUAAAGUGUAAUUAUCCACCAAAAUAAGUAGAAUUUGCUAUUUUGGCAACUAAAGCAUGUACAGUGUACUAUACUGCCAUGGAUGCAUGUCAACCAUUGCAUAUCAUAAAGAAAUAUAGCAGAAAAGAAAUCUUAAUUUUGUUCUCUUAAGUUUCUCAGAAAAUCACUGUAAUGCUUUUCAGGCAUGUUUAAGCUUUCACUUUCUGUAGCAAUCAGAUGGCGCCAUUCAUCAAAUGUUGUAAAACUUAAAUUUCAUUUUGAUCUUUUCAUCCAUGCAUAUACAUAUUAACUUGUAUAUUUAAUUUAUAGUGUCAGAGGUAUUUUGUUGCACUUUGGUAUAUUUUAUUUGCCUCCUGUGAAAUAUCAAAUGAACAACUAAAUCUUAAAUAUAUCAUGUCCUGGACAAAGGCUCCGCACGGACUCUUAGAAUAUUUAUCUUUUUAUUAUUACUGCCAACUGGAGUUCAACUGGUACCCUGUUUUUUUUUUGUUUUUUUUAAGUGAUCUUUUUGGAAUGUGUGGUUGUUGGUUGUGUAUUUGAUGAUAAAUUUGGUUGGAGCACCAUCAAUGUUAAAAAAAAAAAAGUCUACAUAGUAAAAUACUUGAUCACUUUAAUGUACAUCCAGCAUGUGAGCUAAUUUUUGAAUGUUCUAUGUUUUAACUAUGUUGAUGUAACAGGCCAGCUCUGUCACAGUGCGAUGUCUCUAUGAUACCUGGAAUACUGGAGGAUGAUUAGUCCUUCCAAUUGACUAUUCCUGGUAUCUGACUUCAAAUAAACUGUGUGCAGGUCUGUGUUUAGACCUCUUAGGGUCUUAGGCCUCAAUUAGGGCAUUUUUUAAUGACUAGAAUUUGUUAUCCAACGUUAUGGAUGAUGUACUGUGUAAUUUCAUGAAAUAUAAAAAGCACAUCUUUAGCGGUAGGGGUAAUUUGUUGAUAUAUUAAAAUAGUUGACAAAAUGCUUUCAAUUGCAGAGUUGUUUGGUUGUCACAUUUCCUGGGACACUGCUGUCUGUGUGUAAUCAUGCAUGUUUAAUUUGCAGGGUUUGUAGACCCAUAAGGUGAUGGCAGGUUAACAUUUGGGGCAAAUUUAGAGCAGUUAUUACCAGGAAGGUUUUGUGGGCAAUGUGGUGUCAUGUAUAUUACUGCAUUUUGUUUAUACUGUAUCUCUCAAUCAGUGACAAUUAAACAAUCAAAAAUAUUGAUAUCAUGUGGUAAAUGGAUUUAUUGCUUUACUGUUUCCCACCUCCAGCUAUGAAUUUGCCCUGAAUAGUUGUAUCUUGUAUCACUUUAAAUGUUAGUGGAUGCCAAACUUAUGCUUGCACAGCGCUGCCUAUGAACACGCAGCCUUCAUUACAUUCUGUAUUUUAAAUAAAGAUUCAGGAAAAUA